AUGUAUACCCAUGCGGUCGUUAAAUUCAUUAAAGAAACUGAAAAUAUAAUAACCUCAGAGGUGCCUGUUAGUUGGCUAUUCAAAACAGGCAAUGAGAUUACAAAGUGUUGGUGGCCUCCUGCUAAUAUAGCAUCAAAAACUCCUUUAAUAAUGAAAAAAAGUGUACCCGACAGUACCUGGACAAAGGAAGAUGUGAGUGUCAUGCGUUAUUUCGAUUCAUAUUAUAAAGCAAGAAAGUUUGCGCAAGAUAGUGAUUAUACAUCGGCUGAGGAGAAUCUUGGCAAAGGGUUUCGUUUAAAGAAACCCAACAGCCAAUAUCAAUCAAAUGAAGAAGAAUAUAAUUUUAAUCCUAACCAACAAUUGUUGCUGGAUCUAGAAUCACCGAGGAGUUCUACAAGUGCCAAUUGCGUAACUCCUUCUAAUGUAGAAGAAUUGAGCCCUUUACCCUUAUCCCCUCUCAUGGGGAUAAAUCAUGACGUUGGGUUAUGCAAAACUUUCGAAGAUCAAGGAACACAAACUGAUAGGGAUUGGUCUGCAGAAAGGCUGGAACAAAGAAUAGUGAACAUAAAUGAAAACUUGGAGAAGCAGUGCACAAAAACCGAUUUUAUUCUCAGGGAGCUUGCCAUUUUGAAUACUAAAAUGGAUCAAUUACUGCAAAAUGCAAGUUAUCCUACAUUGACAUGUAAUCAAGAUGGUAAUGUCUUUGAUUCUUUGUUUCCACUUGAUGCCGAAGAUGAUAUCACAUGCUGUGAAGAGUUUUUAAAAGAUGAAACAUAUGUUACAGAAUUGCAAAGCUAUGUUGGAAAAAUUGGUGGGGAAACUCCGGCUGAAAAUAUAAGAAAUAUAUUGAAAAAAGUUUUUACCAAAAAAUUGGCAGCUGUAUGUUCUUGGUAUGGCCGGAAAGGUAAUAUGCCAGUAAACAAGCUGAAAGUAAUGGAAGUGAUUAAAGACACAAUAAUUAACAACACCGCUGAAUUUACAGAAGCCAAGUUUGUUAAUAUAGUUACAGAAUGGUUUCGCUUUGGGAAACAAAGACUAUAUAGAGAACAAAACAGAAGACCCAUAAUAACAUAA